CGUUUGCGCCUUCCUCUGUGCCCAACUUCUUCUCAUUUUUUAUUUUCUCCAAUUCUUAUCAACAUUCCCAACAAGACCAACUCCAUCAUUUCUUGUCUGAUCACUCGGCAAGGCUUUGACCCAUUUUUGUAUAAUUUAUACAAAUAUCAUAGAUCACCGAACCUCACCGCAAUGGCUCCUAGCCGCACUCGCGCCCGUCCCGCGGGUCGCGAACAGAGAACAACUGCCGCCAAGGAUGCACCUAUCACCGCAGCCGAGUCCGGUCCAGCCGCUACUGCCGAUGGCGAGAAGAAGAGAGGUCGUGGCAGACCUCCCAAGAACGGUGUCAGCAAGGUAGUCAAGCCACCCCCGUCUGGCCGUGGCCGCGGUCGUCCCCCGAAGGAUCCUGCCGAUAGAGUCACACCCAAGCCCAAGCCUCCCCCGACCGGACGUGGCCGCGGUCGUCCCCCAAAGAACGGCACUGCUGCCACGCCCAAGAAAUCUGUUACAUCAAAGGCAACUUCCGCCACCAAGUCUGCUCCUGGUAGUGCCAAGGGCCGCCCCGGCAGAAAGCCAAAGAGCGAAAGUGUCGAUGUUGCCGAAGACCAGAGCGACGCAGAGGGAGAACAAGAUGAUGCUCUUGUGGAUGAGGCUCCGCUGGAAGAUGAAGAUGGCGAAGACGUUCCCGUAGCAGAUGCUUCAGGUGACGACUUGGAGGAAGACGAUGACGCUCCCGAGGGUGUCGCAUCACCGACAUACCUGUCAAGAUUGUUCGUCGAUGCUUUCAGGAGGAUAAGCAGCGUUAAUAGGAGGGCGUGACUGAUUUGUCCGAUUGUUCACUGUCGUUCCUAUCUGGCCUAUGCUGUGAAAUCAGUACAGCCAAUGUAUACAUAAAAGCUUGGAUCUCCGAUGCGCUGUCUGUUCUCCUAUUGGUGGAGAGGUCUCGACUAUGACUAGAAUGUCAUAGUUAAGUGUGUG